UUGAACAUCAGUAUUAACCUUAACGUUGUACUAACAGCACGAAAUUUUCUCGGUCUUAUAUUAUUUUAAAAAAGUCUAACCUACAAUGGAAAACGGAAACGAAAAUGAACUUCCUAAGACCACUCGUAAUGUGAUUACCAAGGAAGAAGUACCACGGAGUUUGGACAUGUCGUAUUUGGCGAAGAGGGCUUCAUGUCAGACAUUCGAAGAAGCUGUGUUGACGUCAAUGAGGGAAAAAAAGCCAAUUGUUUGGCAUACGGCUCGAUCCGAAGGAGAUGAGGCGGAAACCGAGGCUGAGGUUAAUGCGAAAUUUAGGGAGGUGGUCGAGAAGACUCACAAAAGGCAGCAAGAGGACGCUGAGCAGUCAUCGUCCCUUCCAAAGUCAGAAGAGAAUUAAAGAAAUCGACGCCGCCCUUCUUCUGGUAUGGAACCAAAUUUAAACGUUAAAAGCAGAAACCAGAGACCAGGCAACACUCCCCACGAGCAGAAGUAGAUGGCAGAGAGAACAAGGAGCUGAGGAGUGGCGUUGGCCACCACUUCCAGCGAUCGAAAAGAUUUUCCGAAUGUUGACCUUAUUUAAAAUAUUUAAAUUUAUCGUUCUAAUAAAAUACUGUAAAUUUAAGGGGGGAAAUGAGGAGAACCCUAAA